CGGGCUCUGAGUCAAUUGGCACGACAGCGGGCACCGGAUCAGGUACCGGAUCGUCUGGCUCGACAGCAGGCACCGGGUCAUCUGGCGCUGGAUCGUCUGGCUCGACAGCGGGCAUCGGUCACCAGGUAUGACAGCGGGCACUGGGUCAUCAGGCAUUGGAUCGUCUGGCUCGACAGCGGGUAUCGGGUCACCAGGUAUGACAGCGGGCACUGGGUCACCAGGCAUCAGGUCAUUUGGCUCGCCAGCGGGCACCGCGUUAUCUGGCAAGGCAGUGGGCACCGAGUCAAUUGGCACGACAGCGGGCACCGGAUCAGGUACCGGAUCGUCUGGAUCAACAGCGGGCAUCGAGUCAACUGGCCUAAUAGGAUCAUCAGGCUGGGUACAGGCAUCAGGCUGGGUACAGGCAUCAGGCUGGGGGGUGCGGGUGUCGAGGCACCAGGCUGAACCACGGAAGGCAGGUUCUCAGACGGCAGGCUCACUGGUUUGGAUACUGGCUGGCAGGAUGAGAAGAGCUGGAGAAUGGAACAGGGGAGGGAACAGUUGCUACAGAGGACUUCUUUACAGGGUUAAAGGCAGGAUAGUAUGGGUUGACAAAGCUGAGUUUACACAAAGCCUGUCUGGUCAAUGACUGCACUGUUUUAUACAAUCUCUGAGUACCUGUGGUGAACACGCAGAAUAAC